UCCUCCUCACUCGCGUUCCUAGGCGACGGGCACUGGCGGAGAAGCACCGAGGCUGGUUGCGGGGGUGGCUAGGAGAUUACUGUCAAAAGAAAGUGUGUGUGUGUGAGAGAGAGAGAUAUAAAAAAAAGUUUCAGGGGGCGAGAGAGGCUUUUUAUUCGCGGCGCAGAGUAACUUUUUUAGAUUACUCUUGUGAUUUGCUCGGUGCAGAUUGAGAGGAGAGUCAGCGACCAUGUCUCGCACGGAAGAUAUGCACCGAAUGACCGAGGGCGUCUACAAGACCAUUAUGGACCAGUUUAAUCCCAGCCUGAGAAACUUUAUCGCUAUGGGGAAGUCUUAUGAAAAAGCGCUUUCCAGCCACAUGGGUGCAGAGAAAAUCUGGAUCAAGAAAGCUAGAACAGGUGUAUCCUUUGCAGCAAAAGGCUAUUUUGAGGCCCUAGUGAAAAUGGGUGAACUAGCCAGCGAUAGCCAAGCUUCCAAGGAGAUGGGGGAUGUUUUGUUCCAGAUGGCAGAGGUCCACAGGCAAAUUCAGAUACAGCUUGAAGAAAUGUUGAAAGUGUUUCACAAUGAGCUGCUGAUGCAACUGGAGCAGAAGGUUGAGUUGGAUGCCAAGUACUUAAGUGCCACAUUGAAGAAGUACCAGGCCGAACAUAAAGCCAAAUUGGAAUCUCUGGAAAAAUGCCAGGCAGAGCUGAAGAAACUUAGAAGAAAGAGUCAGGGGAGCAGAAAUCCUCAAAAGUAUGGAGACAAGGAGAUGCAGUUUGCGGAGGCAUUGAGCAAGAAGCAAAAGGAUCUGGAGAGCUUUAUUGGAAGUGGAUACAAAACAGCAUUGAGCGAGGAACGUAGGCGGUAUUCCUUUUUGGUGGAAAGGCAGUGUGCGGUUGCCAAGAACAACAUGGUGUACCAUAGCAGGGGCAAAGACAUGGUAACACAAAAGCUUCCUGGUUGGCAACAGGCUUGCAGCGAUCCAUCCAAAAUUCCUGAUCAUGCAAUAUCAUUAGUGCAGCAGAUGUCUUCAGGCAAUGGAGGAACUCUCAUCUCCGACCCUGUUGCCACUACCAAAUCAGGCCUGAUUAUUUCAGAUCCCAUUCCUGGUGCUAAACCUCUACCUGUACCACCAGAGCUUGCACCCUUCGUUGGAAGUAAUAUGGGUCACAGUUCUCGCAUGAUGGGCCAGGAUGUUUCUUUAGUGCCUAAUGGUGACCUAUCCAACUCUCAUCAAGUGGGCUAUCAGCAUCCUGCCCAGCUUGAUGUCAAACCAAAGCCACCUUCACCACCCCAACUUCCCAAACAAAAUGAUGUCUAUUCCAACACGUUGCCUACACGAAAAGCAAUGCCCUUGAAAGCCAGCCCUUUGUUGGCUGAGAACAGGACUUUGCCCCGAUCAAGCUCAAUGGCUGCUGGGUUGGAAAAGAAUGGAAGAACCAAAGUACAAGCUAUUUUUUCACAUCAGGCGGGAGGCAACAGUACACUGCUAAGUUUUACUGAAGGCGAUGUCAUCACAUUGUUGGUUCCUGAGGCCAAGGAUGGCUGGCAUUAUGGCGAAAAUGAAAAGACACGGUUGCGUGGAUGGUUUCCCUUCUCUUACACUCGUAUAAUGCAAGGAGGAAUGAAUGACAUUUUGCAUAAUUUGAACCAUGCAAAAAGCAGCAGCACAGGGAACCUUCUGCAGAAAGAAGAUCUCUCCAUUCCUCCACCUGACUACAGCUCGUCUUUAAGAAUGACCUCUCAUCCUGCAUCCAGUACAAGCACUUUCAAACCCAGACCCUACAGUGUGGCAGUGCCAGGUUUUUCACAGGGCAUGGAUUUCGGUCAGUCAAGAUUAUCAUUGAAUUCUGAUGCCGAGGUUGCAAGGUUCUGAAUUUAAACUUCUGCCACAUUUAAGGCCUCUCUAGAUUAAGAAGCUGUUGCAAACGUCAAGUUAAGGCCAACCAAAACAAAUGACAGAUCAGUCCCUGCGGUGAAGUGAACACUGACUCCUGGAAGAUUCACUUGCUGAUGGCAAAAGAUGCCAAAGAGGUCUUAACCUGAAACUUCAUCUGCAUGAAGCAGUGACUUUAGACUAGAAUUGACCCAUCUGAAGACGGUCACUAAAGUUACAGAUAUAUCAAUUGCACAUGUACGGAAAUGCCACUUUUAAAUCCCACCCAUCUUAUUCCCUGCUUUAUACUUGAAGGAUCUUGUGGAGGGAAUUGUUAAAAGGCAGUUGAGUGGUUAGGCUUUUGUAAAAUGUUUGUAAUUUAUGCAUGUGUUCAAGAAUUAGCAGUUAGUAUUUUUUUAUUACAUACUUUGUACUAAUCAGCAUAUAAAACAAUAUUUUAUUAUCUGGCUCUUUGCAGGAGUUGGCUAAAAUGUUGACACUUUGUAGAAACUAGAAAACUGAAAUAUUGUCAGACCAAUUAUAAAGUGUAUACUGUGUUCCUUUCCCUUUUUGGGGAACAAAGUAAAAGUAAAAUUGUAGGAUCUGUGUAUAUAACCGAGCUAACUUUUAUCCCGAGUUACCUCAGUUUGUUAAUAUUUUAGUGGUUGUUAUUUGAAUCCUUGCUGUCACCAAUAACGCUUCCAUUUGUUUUGAAAAUAAUAAGCAAGUACUGUGGUGGUGGCAAGGGUCUGAUAUCAUCAGACAAAAGAAAAAUUUAUACCCUUUUGUAGAACUUUAGGAUUCACUGCAUCUCCCACUUUCAUCUGCAGAACAAUGCACAGUUGUCAAAGUUUCUUUCACAUCUGUAGUGCUUCCUUUACAAAUUCUCAUGAACGAUUAAUGGUGGUCAGUCAGUCCAACGAGUAAACAAGUCACUGAAGUCCCUGGAUAUGUAGAGUAAAACUGUAUCCUCAAGUUGAUGGGAAAGACACAAAAGAGAUGAUGCAGAGAGCCACAUUUUGUUUACUCUUUUGGUGAGUUCAAAUGUAGAGGGGGAGGAAGAUUAUUGUCCCAUUAUAUAUUUACAGCCUGGCUUCAAAAUGGGGAGAGAAAUUGCAAAGUAUUUUUUUACUGUGAGAAAAUGCAAGAAACAUUUUCAGAUGUAGGAUCCACGAGUUGAUGGUCACUUCAGUACAGCAAUGGUUUGAGUGAAUCACUUGCAAAUGCAAUGUUUAAAAGGUCUGUUGUACAGUGAUUGAUUAGACACUGAGAUGAUCAGUAUUAUUAACAAGCAAGCUGAUACACUCUGAAUUAGUUUCUUCUAAUGAACAAAGUGUUCUGUAAUUUUUGAAACAAAAGGUAUGUGGUUAGUCAGUUAUUUUAAAAAAAAGUGUUAAUAUAUAAUACCCCUUAUUUUUGUCAUAUACCAGAAAAUUUUAUUUUAGAUGCACAAUGUUAAAACAAUUUGAAGAAUGAGAUGUAUUGUCAUGACAAAAGGAGCAGUGGUGGCACUGUUGGAGAAAUGAUACACAACGAUUUGAAUGUUUUAUUACAAGAACCAAAUGAAAUGUCCAGUACUUUGUGGGUAUGUUUUUUAGUAACGUAGGUAGUUUUAAAAUUUUCUAGUAAACUUACCUGGUCAGUUUGGUUUGUUUUCGCAAAGUGGUAUAGAUAAUAAAGCAGAAAUAGCUGAAGUUAAACUCUUGUGGAGAGUGCUUGUUGUAAAGCAAUGAAUAUCAAAUCCAACCUGUGCUGUUUCACAUUUAUAUUUAUUUUGAAAACUUAGCACUUCAGACGUUAACAGCCUCUCUUACUUUGUGCUGUUCUAUUGUAAAAGUACAUCCAUUUGCCAUCCCAAUGAAAUAAAGCUCCUGUAUAAGCCAGCCACUUUUUUUUCAGUUCUGCAUUAAGCCAUUAUGCCUUUACUUUUGACUUUACUACAAGAAUGUGGUUUAAUUUGUGCCUUUCAUUUUACAUAAGCUUUAAAAUGUAGUAAGAGACUUGUUGGGAUGGUUGACAUAAUCUGUACUGCAUUGCAGAUUUCUGUAGCUGCCAUUUUUCAUAAGUCACCAUGUUUUGUGAUUUAAAUUGACUUAUGUAGAGUAUAUUCCUUCUGAUAAUGAAAAAUGAUUUUGAUAGUAACUUAUGCAAAAUAAAAUUGAUUCACUGUUUAAGAAACA